AUGGACAACGAUGAGUGGGCGAUGAAGGGCUUGAGAGAUUGUAAGAAGUGGGAAGAUGAAGUUGUUGUUCGGGAGAAGAGGACUGGGAGGAAGUCCCUGACGAUGAUCAACAGAAGUGGAAUGACAGGAUCACUGAGCGAGGAUGGUGCUCCUACUGCCUCAAGAGGCUGCGGCAAGCGGACGGUGCCAUGCGUGAACGACUGCGGAGCAGCAGCCCGCGGCGACUGGCUCUGGGACGAUCAUUUCUGCCUCCUCUGCGAGGGAACCAUCGUCUCCUGGCCGUACGAGGGUGCCGACGGGUCGCGUCGUCCUGCUCCUGCUGCCCCGGCGCACCAACCGAGGCAGGGGGGUCAGAGGACGCGGGAGACGGAUGAGGAGGAGAUGAAGAUGGCACGAGGGUCCCUUGAGCUGCUCCUCGACUGCCUCGCAGCCGCCGACCCGGAUGAGGAGAUCUUGUCGCAAGUUGCCAGGAAUGCGACGGAAUACAGAAAGAAGCUCGAGCUGUCGAUCCAGCGGACGGAGGAAGAAGCAAGACUGCAGGCUCUCCUCGACCUUCAUUCCUCCCUGGUCGAAGCUCUUGCUCUCUAUCAGCAGAAGCAUCCUCAGCAAGUGGUGGGAGCCAUACUGGCUGGACCCGUGCCAGAGGGAGCGGGAGGAGCGGGAGGAGCGGGAGGAGCGGGAGGAGCAGCAGAAGGAGUAGGAGGAGUAGGAGGAGAAGGAGGCGGCGGAGGUCAGCGCGGGGGCGAGGGAGAGAGGGAGGAGGAGGAGGAGGAUGGCGGUGGUGGCAAUCACGAGGAGGAAGCAGCAAGGAUGAGGUCUCACUGGUCUGCGGAGGCUCGAGAAGCUUUUGAGAAGACCAUCAAGAAAAGUCUCGAAGAGCAGCAACAGCAAACCUCGCAGAAACCUUACCCCGUCAGUGCUCCUCGGGUGCUCAACGUGAAUACUCUUGAGGAGGUGAGGAGAAGGGAGGAGGAGAGUUUGCAGUGA